AUGCGAAUCGUAUCAGUGUUGUUUUGGGUAAUCUUGUCAAACUAUGCAGAUCGUGUAUUCACUCAAACUUGCAAUGCUACUUAUCCGUACAGUCGAUGUUCAUCGAAUCUUGACUGUGGCUGUUUACCAUUGACGCGUUCAGGCAAUGGUGGUGUUUGUGCAUAUCUGAAUGUUCCAUGUACUGAUUUGAUUCCAUGUGAAAACGAUAACCGAACAUGUACUGAAGCUCGGCAAGUGUGCGUUAAACAUUCUCGAUGUCAAAAUAUUCCACUCUGCUAUCCAUUGGAUAUGAUUCAUCCGAAUUUAUGUCCACCGACAACAUUUCGGCCAUCAUCAUCAGGAUCGAACAAUGAUCUUUGUGAAACAACAACAUGGCAACAACAAGGAAUUACGAUACUCGGUACGAAUUCGACUCAACCUAUUUGGAAUCCAUAUGAUGAUGACGAAUUCUUUGUCGAUGUUGACGAAACGAUUUAUAUUGUGGACUAUCGUAAUGAUCAAGUGAUCAAAUGGAAAAAUUGGAAUUCACCAGGUGAAAUAGUAGCGGGUAACGGUAGUUAUGGCAGUGCAAAUAAUCAGUUAGAUAGUCCAAACAGUAUUGCUAUCAAAAAGGAUGGAACAAUUUUUGUUUGUGACGCCGGUAAUUACAGAGUGCAACGUUGGUACAAGAAUGCUCAACAAGGCCAAACUAUCAUCGACAAUAUUUAUUGUACGAGUUUGGCAUUGGACCAAGAAGAAUCGUUGUACAUUGGUAGCCCAGGUCUUAUCAUUAAAUGGCCGGGAAAUCAGAUUGUUGCUGGUGGAAACGAUGUUGGUACGAAAUUGAAUCAAUUAGGUUAUUUGCCAAGAAUAUUUAUCGAUCAAAAUCAAUCGAUUUUUGUGGCUGAUGAGGGUAAUCGCGUGGUUAAAUGGACCAUCGGUGCCAGAGAAGGCAUUGUUGUUGCUGGAAACAAUAAAGCAGGAAAUGAUUCGAGUCAAUUGAAUGGACCAAGAUCAGUGUUUGUUGAUCAAAUGGAGAAUGUCUAUAUUGCAGACACUAAAAAUCAACGAGUUGUCCGCUGGUUAAAAGGAUUAAGUUCAGGCACUGUUAUCGUCGAUUUAAAAAUCACCGAUCAAUACUUCGAUCCGAUAAGUUUCUCAUUUGGUCGCAAUGGAAAUUUAUUUGUGCUCGAUAAAUAUAUUGCUCGUGUUCAAAUGUUCACCAUCGAUAAGAAUACAUGUGCUCGUGGUUAG